GUUCAGUGGUGGCUGGGUGGUCGGCUGUAAGCAAGAAGAAGUUUUGAUUUUCUAGAAGAAAAAUGUAUAAUUCUAGUUCAGAAAAGUUUUAAAUUCAGAAGGUCUAUUUUACUUUUAGUGCUGACAAUAUUUUCAGCUGCAACCAGAUGGAGACAACAACAUCAGUAUGUUAAAAAAGAGAUUCCAACCAACAAACAAUAAAGAUUUUCAGCUGCAACCAGAUGGAGACAACAACAUCAGUAUGUUAAAAAAGAGAUUCCAACCAACAAACAAUAAAGCUGUAACCAGAUGGGGACAACAACAUCAAUAUGUAAACAAAGAGAUUCCAACAAAACAAUAAAGAAAUGGAUCAAACAAAUGAGAAAACAAACAACCAGUCUGUGUCCGAUUUCUUCGAAGGUAGAUCUGUCUUUCUGACAGGGGCAUCAGGUUUUCUGGGAACGGUUAUACUGGAAACGCUUCUUAGAUGCUGUCCAGGAAUUGCAUCAGUUUACAUUCUUCUACGAUCCAAACGAGGUCUGAUGCCAGCGCAAAGAAAGGAAAUUAUUUUUGAGAAAAAGGUAUUUGCUGUUUUGAAAGAAAGAAGUCCUGAAAUAUUCGAUAAAGUUCAUGUUGUAUCUGGAGAUAUAUCAAAGCCUGAACUGGGAUUGAAUGAUGAAGACUUGCAGUGCAUUACAGAACAAGUUUCCGUAGUUUAUCAUUGUGCAGCGAACAUAAAUUUAGCAAAGCCAAUAAGGUACAUAAUGCAGCAAAAUGUUUGUAGUACCGAAGCCAUAAUCGAUUUGUGUCGAAAGAUGAAGAGAUUUUGUGUUCUAGUGUAUACAUCAUCAUCUUACUCUAACAACAGCCACGAUGAUUUACCAAUAAAAGAAGAGGUUUAUAGACUUCCUUUUCCUUUACAGACAUUCCUCAGUGCCUUGAAGGAGCAAGACGACAAUAAACUUCUGGAAUUGACUUCACGACAUAAAUCCGAUUGGCCCAAUUGGUAUUGUUUAAGCAAAUGUAUAUCUGAAAAUAUCCUUCAAUAUAUGGCGUCAGAUCUGUCAGUUGCCAUCAUUCGUCCAUCUAUUGUUGGAAGUACAUGGAAAAACCCGAUACCAGGAUAUUUGGAUGAAAAUUCCGUGUUUGCAAUACUAAAUACGUUGGCUGCCGAAAGAAUUAUCAAAGUUUUGCUUGGUGAUGCAAACAGGAAGUUAAAUAUUAUACCCGCCGACGUUGUUGCGAAUGUGCACCUUAUGGCUGCAUGGAGCAUUGGUACCAAAAAAGUAUCAUCUCCAUUAGUUGUAAAUUGCACCUCUACAGGUUCCCUUGACAAUAAAUGGAACGAAAUCAAUAAAAGUUGGAAUCAAAUUUGUCAGAAUUUCCAUCCUACAAAAUGCUUACCAAAAUAUAAAAGAAUUACAGUUAUUAAAAAUAAAUUCUUGUUUUUGAUUGCCAGUAUCAAUAAACACUUACUUCCAGGAAUUAUUGCAGAUAUUAUAUUAAAAAUUAAAGGCGAGGAACCCAGUGUAUUUGCUACGUAUUACACUAUUAACAAAUUUUUAUUCGCUAUUGGAAAUGCGCAGAUGAUGACGCCCCAAUGUGAGACAAUUAACAUGGAUUACUUGAAUGAUUUGCUCCACGAUAAUGAUAGAAAGAUUUUAGAUAAUGGUAUCCAAACUAUAAAAUUAGAUGAAUAUAUGAAGCCUGCUGUGCAAGAACUUCCAUCUCCCAGUUGGAAAAAGCAACACGAAAUUAUAAUACAGUACAGCUGGCUGAUUUCAAUCAUUCGAUACAUUGUUCUUAUAAUUUCUGGUUGCUUGAUUUACUGGCUGACAACUGUCGUGUUUCGACAAUUUCAUCUAAUUUAAUUUGAUCCGAGAAUAAGAAUUAUGCAGCAACUUGAAAACUAAUGUUUUAAUAGAAAAUAUUAUAAUUUUAAAAUUAUGACAAUUUGCUUAAAAAUCGUUUUACAAAUGAAAAAAAAAUAAUAAUAAUAAAUUUUGAUACCUUGCAUUUUCUAUUUUU